CGCGUGUCCGGCCGGGAGCGGAGCCGCCGUGUGAAUUGCCCCCGAAACUCCCAUUGUCCGUCCCCCCGGGGGGUGCCGCGCCCGGGCGCUUUAAGAGCCGGGGGCUGCCGGCCGCCCCCCAGCCCUGCUCCCGGACUCGCCUCGCUCCUCUCCUGAGCGCCGCCUGCUCCUACGAUGGGCUCGAGCUUCCCUGCCCCGCUGCUGCUCACCCUGGCGCUGCUCUGGCAGCUGGGACUCUCGGCGGCGAUCCAGUGGCUAGGGCUGAUGGUGAAUGGCAGCAGGGUAGCCUGGAACGAGACUCAGCACUGUAAGAUUUUGGAUGGGCUAGUCCCAGACCAGUUGCAGCUGUGCCGAAGAAACCUGGAGCUCAUGCAUAGCAUUGUACAUGCAGCCAAAGAGACCAAGGGAGUCUGCCAGAAAACGUUCUCGGAUAUGAGGUGGAACUGCUCUUCCAUUGAGUAUGCACCCAGUUUCACCCCUGACCUCCUGAAAGGGACCAGGGAAUCUGCAUUUGUCUAUGCAUUGGCUGCUGCUGCUGUCAGCCAUUCCAUCGCUCGGGCCUGUUCCUCAGGGGAACUACCUAUCUGUUCCUGUGGAUCUGUCCCAUCUGAGGUGCCUGGGCCUGGCUUCAGGUGGGGUGGCUGUGGGGACAAUCUCCGCUAUGGCCUCCAGAUGGGUUCUGCCUUUGCUGAUGGUCCCAUGAAGUCCAGUAAGGCAGGAGGACAAGCCACCAGGCUUAUGAAUCUACAUAACAAUGCAGUGGGCCGACAGGUAUUGAUUGACUCCCUGGAGACCAAGUGUAAAUGCCAUGGUGUUUCUGGCUCCUGCUCAGUUAAGACUUGUUGGAAGGGGCUGCAAGAUUUGAGUGAAAUAGCCAUUGACCUCAAAUCCAAGUACUUGGCAGCCAUCAAGGUGACCCACCGGCACAUGGGGAUCAGAAAGCAGCUGGUGCCCAAAGAACUGGACAUCAGGCCAGUGAGAGAGGCUGAACUGGUUUAUCUAGUCAGUUCUCCAGACUACUGCACAAAGAAUCCCAAACUGGGGUCUCUGGGGACUCAGGACAGGCAAUGCAACAAGACCUCUGUGGGCAGUGACAGCUGCAACCUGAUGUGCUGCGGGCGUGGCUACAAUGCUUACACUGAGAGUGUAGUGGAGAGGUGCCAGUGCAAGUACUAUUGGUGCUGCUAUGUGAUGUGCAAGAAGUGCCAGCGGACGGUGGAGAGAUACGUGUGCAAGUAAUGCAGGAGGCCCUGAAGCAGCCCAUGCACUGAGAAAGCACUAAAGGACCUAUGCUCUGAGACACUCCAGAGCAUGUCUGGAUAUUUAAUUAAUCACAGGGGAAGCUGUGAGCUUUGGCUAGAAAAGGGGCCAUGGUGGAAAUCCUCAUAUUGGCAUUACCCAGGAAAACACACUUUUUUGGGAAAAGACCAGGCCUGAUGUCCUUAGCCUCACCCCUUCCAGAGCAAGAGAAACAGCUGCCUCCUGGGGCUGACCUGGUUUGUUCAAAUUCUCAAUCUCCAGCUGGGGACAAAUAAUUUAUCACCCUGCACGCAUGGAUCUCUUUCUCCCCUGAGCUGCCAGCAGCCAUUGUCUCCUUGUGGGAAGCUUCUGAAGGUGGCCUGAAAGCCAGGAGUGAUGGAUGGAAAAGGGUGUGGGGUCGGGAGAGGCAAGUGUGAAUUCAGGGGAAGAAAGAAGUGCUGCUCCUGAAUAAGCAUGCUGAGGAAACCAUGGGCAUGCACUUGUGGGGUGGCAAGCUGACCCAAGGCCACCAGAUGCUCCAAUUUCAAGACCGGUACAUGUUCAUUGUCUUCUGCAGCAUCACACUUUCUCUCUAACAUUAGGAUCAGGCUUGGGUGUAGGCUGGAGAAAGACCUCUGCCACCCUCUCCACUAUAAGUGAGAUCCAUUCCUCUGUCCUUUCAUAGCAAUGAGAGAAAGAGAGAGAGGCAUUCUAAUAUCCUGGUGAUGGGGCAUGCUGUAAAAACUGAGUCAAAGGAAAAGUCCAUAGGUGAUGUAGGUGGAAAUAGUGGGAUGGAAAGCGCUAUUGAACUUCAGCAUUAAUCAGAGGCGUCUUGGUAAGGACCAGGCCUGACACUCCUGCCCCCGAGCUCACACCUUGUGAGGUGGAGAAGCCAGUAAAUUGGGUGGCAUCUUCUCAUUCUCACAUCCUUUUCUCCCCUCCUCUCUUGCUCCUCCACACCAAGGGUGGCAGCCUGUCUGCCUGCCCCUGGCUCUGAACCAGGCUCACUCACGAGUGCUGACAGUGAGUGCUGAGUACAUUUGGCUCCAGGGCCCCUUUGUAGGGUUUGGAGAUGAGACUGAAUUUUUUUAUUUCUGCUUAUUUAUUUGGUGCCUUCUAAAUAAAUGUGUUCGUGUCUCUGCCAAUGAUAGCUCUAAGCCUCAUGUGUUACCCAGGAAGGCUCCCCACUCAGUACCCCUCAGAACUGGGCUGGCCACAGAAGGGAUGAGGCAAUGCUGUCUCCCCUCUC